GUCUCGCUGGCCUCGGGGCUUCAGAGGGAAUUGUUGGGUCCACAUGACUGAGCUGUGACUGUUUACAGGGCUCUGUGUUCGUUCUAGAGGAACGUUUGUUUGUUCCUUUGCUCAUUUGCUUUUCAUGGCCGCGAAGUCAGAAGGUGCUCCGUGUCUUCUGAGUAGGUCCAGGAGCAGCAUCAGCAGCCCUCACCCAGCUUCGCUCUGGAGCCUCUGGAGGAACCUCUGACCCUCGGCCCGCUCUCUCAGAUCUGAAUGGCGGAGAAGUGAAAGCGGUGGUCCAGGACGAAGCCCACUCAGAUGUCCCACACUGACAGCUGAAUGCAUGCAGCCCUCUCUUUUCCUUCUUCUGCUCUCCGUUCCUCCCUCGCUCGAUCUAGGCCAGGAUGGGUGCAGCCUUCAAGAAGUUCUGCAUUAAGUUUUGCUGCUGCUGCUGUACUUUUGACGAUGACGAUGAUGAAGAGAAGAGACCGUUACUCGGUAAUGAGACAUUAGAGUAUUUUGACCGCGAAGCCCAAAAGAGGCGGGAUCAGGAGACCAAUCUGUGGAGUGAGCCCGGAGACCCCUCCCACUCGGAGAGAGACGAUGACCGGGCGCUUUAUAACCUCCUGCAGAGCAGAGCCAAAACACGCAUGGGUUCACAGGGCUACCGGAGGCUGAGUGUGGAUAUUGAGGCCAUGAGGGAGGUCAGGAGAGAGGUGCGGGACAAAUGGAAGAUGAUCCUGGAGAAUCUGGGUUUCAUGGCUGAGGCUGAUUCGUUGCUGAAUGUGUCUGCGAGUUCGUCAUUUGAUCGUAUGCGAAACGCAGCAGCCGCUCGAACGCUGCUCCAAACGCUCCACUCAGAGACGUCCAUCUUCAACAGCAAUGAGCCCCCGCCCGAGAGAUACCUCUUCACCCUGGACCGGCUGAUUUAUCUGGACGUUGCAGAUGAUUUUCUGGCGAAGGCUCGUCGUUUCUACCCACCUAGAGAUGAUGAUGAUGAUGAAGACGAAGCGAGAACCAUAAACCUGCCGUACCUGCUGUCCCUGAUGAAACAGAACAUUUCUGGAGGAGAGGAAGACGAUGAUGAUGAUGAAGGAGAGAUCAGUGGACAAGAUUAAGAACUUUCAGCUAAACUUACUUAGCAACUGCAACAGGACUUGAGGAGUAAGUUUAGAUUUAAGGACUAAGACUAAUGCUAACAGAAGGUAAGACUGUAGUUUUAAGGUGGAGAAUGGGGAGUUUUAGGGUUUAGUCUAAGGCUAGCUUUAAGGUUAAUUUUCAGGUUUAGUCUAAAUCUAGUUUUAAGGUUUAAGAUUUAAGAUAGUUUUAGGGUUUAGGGUAAGGCAGGUUUUAAGGCUAGUUUUAAGGUUUAGUCUAAGGCUAGUUUUAAGGUUUAAGAUAGUUUUAGAGUUUAAGGUAAGGCUAGUUUUAAAGGCUAGUUUUAAGGCUAGUUUUAAGGUUUUAGUUUUAGGGUUUUAGGGCAAGGCUGGUUUCAAGGCUUGUUUUGGUGGUAGGCUAGUUUUAUGGUUCGGUCUGAGGCUAAUUUUUAAGGCUAGUUUUAAGACUAAUUUUAAGGUUUAAGCUAGUUUUAGGGUUUAGGGAAAGGCUGGUUUUAAAGGCUUGUUUUGGUGGUAGGCUAGUUUUAUGGUUCAGUCUGGGGCUAUUUUUUAAGGCUAGUUUUAAGUUUUAGUCUAAGGCCAGUUUUAAGGCUAGUUUUAAAGUUUAAGCUAGUUUUAGGGUUUAGGGAAAGGUUGGUUUUAAAAGCUUGUUUUGGUGGUAGGCUAGUUUUAUGGUUCAGUCUAAGGUUAAUAUUUAAGUCUAGUUUGAGGUUUUAGUCUAUGGCUAGUUUUAAGGCUUUAUUCUAAGGCUAGUUUUAAACUUUAAGCUAGUUUUAAGGUUUAGCCUAAGAGUAGUUUUAAGGCUAGUUGUACGGUUUAAGCUAGAUUUAAUGUUUAGUCUAAGGCUAACUUUUAAGGUUAGUUUUAAGUGCAAAGCUAGUUUUAAGUUUUACUGGAAGGCUAGUUUUAAGGAUUAAAAUAGUUUUAAGGCUUAGCCUAAGGUUGGCUUUUACUGUUAGGCAAAUUUUAAGGUUCAGAAUAAGGUUACUUUCUUAGACUUGUUUUAAGUGUUAAACUAGAUUUAAGGUUUAGUCUCAGACUAAUAUUUAAAGCUAGCUUUAAGUUUUAAGCUAGUUCAGGGUUUAGUUAGUUUUUCAGGCUGGUUUUAUGUUUAGCCCAAAGAUAGUUUUAAGGGUGGUUUUCAGGUUUUUGGUUAAUUUUAAGGUUCAGACUUUUUUAUUUUUUAAAGCUGAUUUUAAGGUUAGACUUAGACAAGUUUUUUAAAGUUUAGUUGGGCUAAGUGGUUUACUGAGGUUAACAUAGCUCAUGCUUAAUUCUUCUCAGCUUUAUGUAAUUCAUUCAACAAUUAUUUUUGCAUAAUGUACCAACGGCCAGAAUGAACCCAAAUAAAUAUGAAAUAUAAAUAAACUGAAUUGUGAUUGAACCAAUAAAUAAAAUAAUUUGGAGCAAA